AUGGACGUUGGCAGCAAGGGCGGGUACUACGCCGGCAAGUCGCCCAAGCUCCUGCUGCACGAGUGGUGCCUGAAGGAGAAGCUCCCCAAGCCGCGCUACAAGGCAGUGCCGGCCGCCGCGCCUGGGCGGUGGCGGUGUCGCGUGGUCCUGCCACACCCGCGCCAGGCGGAGGCCGACGCCAUCAUGUUCCUGGCGGAGGAGGCGGCCGCGGAGACGGAGGAGGAGGCGCUGCAGCGUGGCGCGGUGGUGGGCCUGCACCGCCUGGCAGGGGACAGGUCCCUGCACUCCCUCCUCCCCGAGCAAUACCGUGGGCUGUGGAAGGAGCUGGGCCACAAGGCCGAGGAGUCCAAGGCCCGCGCGGUGGCCGCUGCGGCCCGCAAGGAAAGGGCGGCGGCCAGGGAGAAGGCGGCCGUGGCCCGGGCGGCCCGCCACGCGCCCUCCGCCGUCAUCAUGACGGACCAGCACCGCCGCGCCGUGGCCGACCUCCUGGCCGACCUCAGCGUGCGGGAUGGCGAGGGCGGGCGCCUCGGAAUCGAUGCGGGGCCCGUCCCUGAGGGCAGCUCCGUCGCGAGUGAGGCGAGGCGGCUGGGGUUCAGCGAGGCGGCCGUCGCCACUGCCAUGCAGGUGCUGGGGCCCGCGGUCUCGCUGAUGCAGGCCCUGGACUGGCUAUGCCUCAACAUACCGGAGGAGGAGCUGCCCACCAGAUUUGCGCCCGGCGCGGCGGGCAAGGCGCCCGAGGUGCUCAAUCGCGGCAACGGCUGGACCAGCGCGGCCGAGGCAGAGGCCAUCGCCCUGGAGGACCCCGCCGUUGCCGAGCUGAUCGACUGCGGCUACCCCCUGCCAGAGGUCAUGCGGGCCGUGGCGGAGGGCAGCGGGGCCGUGGAGGCCGCGCGCAGGCUCCUCUUCGCCAUGCUGACAGCUGUAAACAAGGGCCUGACUGAGAGCGCCACUGACCUGCCGCCGCGUUCCGACGACUGCUCAAACAUGUGGGAGGAGGAGGUCGCCGCCAUCCAGUCCAUCUUUGGCGAAGAGGACGUCACGGUCGGCCCGGCCUCCCUCGACCUCCGCCUGUCGCUGGACAUCGACCAGGAGGCGCCCGACCCCAGCUCCUUGCACCUCACCGUGUGGACCGGCGACGCCGCGCCACGCUACCCCUUCCAGGCCCCCGUUCUCAGCGUCAGAUGUGCGGCCCUGCCCCCAGGCGCGACGCUGGCGCUGACGCGGGCGCUGCACGAGCGGGCGCUGGGCCUGCUGGGCCAGCCCAUGGUGUUCGAGCUGGCGCAGGCGGUGCAGGCGCUGCCCCGCCGCAUCUCCGCCGUGGGCCUGGCGGCACGCGUGGCGGCAGAGCGGGGCGAGGCGGCGGGCGAGGUCGUGGGCCACGCGGUCAAGCUCGACUCCAAGCGCAGCGCCCGCACCCGCCUCCUCUUCUGCACCACGGGCAUUUUGCUGCGCCGCCUGCUCAACGACCCCGGCCUGGAGGGCACGACGCACGUGAUCCUGGACGAGGUGCACGAGCGAAGCCUGGAGUCCGACCUGCUGCUGCUCCUCCUCAAGAAGCUGCUCCAGUCGGGCAGGAACCCGGACCUCAAGGUGGUGCUCAUGUCUGCCACAGCGGAUGCCGACCUGUUUGCGGCAUACUUUGAGGAGGCCCUGGGGCAGCCCACCGCGCGGGUGGUCAUCCCGGGGUUCACCCAUCCCGUCACCGAGUACUACCUGGAGGAUGCCCUGGAGCAGACGCGUUUCAGGGUCACCCGGCCGUCCUCCCACGGCGGCAGCCGCGACGGCCCGGGUGGAAAGAAGGAGGUCAAGGACAAGGCGGCACCCAUCCCGCGUGGGCUGGAGGAGUACAGCGAGCAGACGCGGGCGGGGCUGGCGGCCAUCGACGAGGCCACGAUCAACUACGAGCUCAUCGGCUCGGUGGUGGAGCACGUCAUCGCCACCAAGUUCUCCAAGGGCCCGGCCCAGGCCAUCCUCAUCUUCGCCUCGGGCGCCGAGGAGAUUGACAAAGUGGUGCGCCAGCUGCGCUCCUCACGCCAACCCCUGCACGUGCUGCCCCUCCACGGUGGCCUGCCCCCCGCCCAGCAGUCGGCCGUCUUCCAGCGCCCGCCCAAAGGCUGCAUCAAGGUGGUGGUGGCCACCAACGUGGCUGAGACCUCCAUCACCAUCGACGAUGUGGUGUGCGUCAUCGACACGGGGCGGGUGAAGGAGAUGGCGUUUGACCCCGACCAGGGCCUCAACCGCCUGGCGGAGACCUGGGUGUCGCAGGCCUCGGCGCAGCAGCGGCGUGGGCGGGCGGGGCGCGUACGGCCUGGGACCUGCUGGCGCCUGUUCAGCCGCGCCACGUGGCGCAAGCUGGAGAAGAACACCGCGCCGGAGAUCCACCGCGUCUCGCUGCAGGUAGAUACACGUGGGAGAGACAUCAAGGGCAUCCUAGGCAGCUCCGCCGACGUGGAGGCCGCCGCGCGCGCCAUGCUCACGCCACCCCGCCCCGCCGCCCUCGAGCAUGCCAUGGACAUGCUGCUGGACAUCGGCGCGCUGGAAACCGUGGCGGGCCCCGACGGGCGCGACGACCAUGCCGCGCCCCUGGUCCUGACCCCGCUGGGUCGCCACCUGACCGCCAUGCCCUGCGACCCGGCCAUCGGAAAGCUGCUCAUCUUCGGCGCCCUGCUCUGCUGCCUGGACCCGGUGCUGACCAUGGCAGCCGCCCUAGCACACGGCCGGCCCAUGUUCGUCUCCGCCCACGCCAUCCGCGAGGAGGCCGACGCGGCCCGACGCCGGCUCACGGCCUCGGGCAUGGAGGGCGUGCUGGCGGGCCGGCGCCAGCUGGCCGGCAUCCUGCAGGCCCUGGGCUUUGUGGACGGCGGCUACCUGGCGCGCCUGGAUGCGCCGCCCUCCAGGGACCCGCCACACGCGUUGGACGCGGCGGCCGCCUCGGCGCGCGUGGUCAAGGCCGCGCUGGCGGCGGGGCUGUACCCCAACCUGCUGCGCGUGGACGCACCGCCGCCCAAGUUCCAAAGAGUGCACGGGGGCACCGCGCAGAUCGACGCAGACCCGGCCGAGCUGCGCUUCCAUGACCGCAGCCGCGGCCGCGUGUUCCUGCACCCCUCCUCCUGCAACUUUGGGGCGGGGCGCUUCCCCUCCGGCUGGCUGGUCUACUCCGACAUCGUGCGCACCAGCAAGGUCUUCGUCCGGGCCAGCAGCGCCGUGCCGGCCUACGCCAUCCUGCUCUUCGCGGGCGAGCUCAGCGUGGAUCACGUGGCGGGGACCCUCACCGCCGGCGGCUGGGCGCGGUUCAAGGCCCCCGCCAGGAUCGGCGUGCUCGUGCGCGACCUGCGCGCCGCGGUCGCCUCCCUCCUCGCCGCCAAGAUCGCCGAUCCGGGGCUGAGCCUGGCGGGGAGCCCGGUGGUGGAGGCCCUGCACUCCCUCCUCGCCAGCGACGGCUUCUGA